AUGGCCAAGGUUCCUCGCAACUUUCGCCUACUAGAGGAGCUCGAGAAGGGAGAGAAGGGUCUCGGCGCUGAGGCAUGCAGUUACGGUCUUGAGGAUCCCGAGGAUCUUCUCAUGAGCAAAUGGAACGGCACAAUCCUUGGUCCCCCUCAUUCCGCCCACGAGAACCGAAUCUACAGUGUCAAGAUGCACUGCGGUCCUGAAUACCCCGACAAGCCUCCUGCGAUCCAGUUCAUCAGCCAAGUCAACCUUCCUUGUGUCAACCCCAACAACGGUAUCGUCGACCCUAGCCAACUGCCCUGCCUCGCCCAGUGGAAGAGAGAGAACACCAUGGAGACUGUCCUCAUCGAACUGCGAAGAUACAUGGCCUCAUCCCAGAACAAGAAGAUCCCUCAGCCCGCUGAGGGCUCUACCUACUUCUAA